AUGACGAGAAUUCAACAAAAAAUUGAAAAUCUUUCGGCCAAUGUGGCAUUAAAACACUUGGAUUUGUCAGAAAACGAGAUAGAUUGUUUGGGGGACCUUUCCAAAUUGACAAAAUUGAAGACUUUGCUUCUUCAUUGCAAUAAAAUAAAAAGUUUAGAAACGGCGAGCGAGUUCCUUCCUAGUUCGUUGUGCAUUCUGUCAUUGGCAGAAAAUCGCCUUUGUGCUUUAACAGAGGCAAAUGGUAGUGGUAAAACGCAGCUCCUGCAACCACCUGUUGAACCCAAACUGAAUUCCUGUGCAAACACAGGAACGGUCAGAUCAAAGCCGUCAAGCGACUCUUCGUGGAGGAUAUCCACUCCUAAUUGUCUGCCAAAACCGCGGAAUUCGCGAGCAAUGCGGUCGUCCAGCUUUGGCGGUGGUACCCAUCCAACACCAAUUGUGGGUAAAAGGGAGACUGAAGACAGAUGCCCAACUGAUCAACCUCGUGCAACUGUUCAUGACUUCUUGUCGUCACAGAUGCCUCCCUCAGCAUCGUGUGGUGCGAUUUGUGCCCAUUUGGCGGGCAAAAAUAGCAAUGGAAGAGCUUAUUCGGCACCUCUUGAAACCAGUUCGUCUGUAGCAUGGACAAACGCAUCAAAGAUUCUACGUUCCGACUCAAUUUUUAUUCCAAUCGACGUCAUCGAGGAGGUGCCACAACAUGUCGUGCAAACAGCAUCUGUCGACGAUCUCUCCCUCGAGUUGUCGGCUGUUGGUGAGGAGGCGUCGGAAGUUCGUCACCAAAUCGCCGUGCCUAUUGCGAAUGAGGCCGGUCUUGGCGACAUCGAUUCCACGUCCCUUCCGACGUCUUGUCGCAGUGCUCGGGGCGAUGGUCCCCACGAAUCAACACCUUGCCAACUGAGAUUCUCCACUCACUUCCUCAAGAGUCUGACGGCACUGUCGCAGGAAUUGCAGCCCAUUUCCUGCGUGGAUCGGCCGCCAUCGAGUUUCGCAGAUUCACCAGAGAUUCGGAGCUCCGCUGACGACAACGAAGACAGCCCCGCCGCUUCUAGAGAUUUCUGCUCACGAUUCUCCAUGGACGAGGACAACUUGAACCGCAAGUCUAUUCAAACGGUGUGUGAGGAUUGCAGCCUACGCUCGGAGCGCACCUUCGUUGAUUUGGAGAAUGUCCUCACAGCCCACACAAGCACCCACUUAGACAUCGGCAGUCGUGUCGAAAUCGCCAUGCUCCACGUGUCUUUUGUUUGUCUAGAUCCCUUCCACGCACACAACCCGGAGCACCUUGAGGCGGACCUGCAGGAGCUGCGUCGGGAGCUUCAGGCGAUGCGCGAAUUGUCCGCCAGACAGGAGGAGCACCGCCGCAGACAGGCUGGCGACAUCCGACGUCUGGCUAGGGAGGUGAGGCAGCUGAAGGCCUGGCAAGAGUCCCUCCAGCACUCGAAUCGUUCAAACCAAAGCUGGGCGGGAGACGCCGAGGGUGCUUCCAGUACGCCUCGCCACUCGGGGGCCUCGCCCUCGCUUUCCACGCUCGUCGCUGCAAACCCCGCCGAGGUGUCGACCAGCGGCAGCAUCGGAUGUCUGGCGGCGUCGCUGGAUCCCUCCAACGCCGAAAUCCCGGCAGAGGCGUCGCUUCUGGACGCAACCAAACACAACAUUUCGGCAGACGAGCUGCGCGUCGCCCGCCUCAGUCGUUGCCUUUUAUUGUCCACCGGUGCGAUUUCUAGAGCCAGCUGUGAACCCGACGAGUUGGUGAGCGCGACAAAGGCCUCCACCGACGACAACGCCACCCUGCUGACAGCCAACAUCUCCGCCGACAGUCUAGACAGCCACCAGUCGCAGCCGCAGACACUCACUGCCAAGGCGUCCGCUUAUCGCCAGUCGUCAGCCACGGUAAGACUCUGA